GAAGGCAGUGAAGGAAACCUUUUGCCUGUUGGAAACAAUCAAAAUGAAGAGAUUAAGUGAUUAAUAAAAGGACUGGAAAAGAAGACUCCAUGAUUUGCAGGAGAAAGCGAUGCUUUUUCACAGCUCCAUGGAGAUGCUGUUCUGGAGCUGAAGCCUUGCUGAGCAUAAAGGUUGUCCUUGGGAAUGGUAAGGAGGAAGCGGCUGCUUUGGGAAACAAUAGUUGAGUCUCCCUGUCCCACACAGCUUAAAUUCUGCAUGUUCACAUUUAACCAGGGAGAUACAAGAAAACAUCCCUUCUUCUGUCCUGCUAAGGAUUUUUCAGAUCUCAUUAGAUUACUAGCAAGGGAAAUGAUUUGCAGUUGCUAACCUUUGCGGCAUACAACCUGGAAAGGGAAUGGGAACUGUUGAUUUCCUAAAGGGACGGGGAGAGAGGGAGACAUCUAUCAAUAAGCAUUGAAGCAGAAAUCUCCAUCUUGCUUCCAUGCAAGCAUGAACAAAGAUUAGCUUUCUCCCCCCACCCCAUGCUAUAACUUGCUGUUGCAGGCACCGCAUUAUAUUUCAGGAGCGAGCUCUCAGGUUCAAGGACUGUUAAUAGUUUCUAAUUGGUGGGACAUUCUCCGAAACUUUGAGCUUAUACUUAAAUGAGAAACAAGUGAGGUUGGGGGAGUGGGAGGACGCAAAAAGUUAGCAGGGUUUUCAAGAACUGCUGAAAAAGCUCUGGAAAUUAGUUUCCUGCAAGAUAUUCCUGCUUUCUAUGGGAUCCAAACAGCAGGAGCAAGCAGAACACGCUUCUCUGAAAUGGUGGUGCUUAUCAAUACAAAGCUCAAAUCCUUAAUCAAAAUUUUCAAGAAGAAGACUGUCUCCAAUCUAGAUGAAGAGAGUAGAUGGACAGUCCAUUAUACAGCACCUUGGCAUCAGCAGGAGAAUGUGUUUCUACCCUCCUCAAGGCCACCCUGUGUGGAAGAUCUUCAUCGUCAAGCCAAGUUGAAUCUGAAGUCAGUACUGAGAGAAUGUGACAAGUUGCGGAGAGAUGGCUAUAGAAGUUCUCAGUACUAUUCUCAGGGCCCUACCUUCUCAUCCUCUUCCAGUGCGCUCUGUGGAAGUUACCAAGAAGGCUAUGAAGAGGUUGAACAAAAGUCUAGUCUGUUAGACUGCCUCCCUCAAUCUUGCCUUAGUGCCUGCUGUUGUUUGAUUCCAUGGAAGAUCAAGUGUUCAACCCCUUCUUCUGAAGAGGAAAAGCUUAUCAGUAUCAAGAGACCCAAAACACCAAUUUCAAAUGAAAUUUCUGAUAUCAACACUCAAACAAAUUGGACCAAAUCGCUUCCCUUGCCAACACCAGAAGAGAAAAUGCGACAGCAAGCUCAAGCAGUCCAAACAGAUGUUAUACCUAUUAACGUAACAGGGGAGAAUUUUGACCGCCAAGCCAGCAUACGGAGGUCUCUAAUUUACACAGACACUGUGGUAAGGCGGCCGAAGAAAGUGAAAAGGAGAAAGACUAUUACAGGAAUCCCAGACAACAUCCAAAGAGAGCUAGUUGGUUCUGGUAAAAGUGACUUCCGUGGCCAUUCUUUAUGUGUCCCUGAUCACUAUUCCACACUAGGAAGACUUGAUAGCUAUCGCUCUUCUGUGCAGCAGUGUGACACCAAGGACACCAGUUGUCAGACAGAUGAAGUCAAAGUGGUUCCACCUUCGGUGAGGCGAAUACGUGCACAGAAAGGUCAAGGAAUUGCAGCCCAGAUGUCACAGUUGUCCAGUUCUUCUGGGAAUAUGUCAGUGAUGAGCGAUUCAGCUGGUGUAGUUUUUGCUUCUCGCUUAAACAAUGACCUGGGUUUUCACAGUCUACCUCGGUCAGGGGCAAGAGUGUCCCUACCGUUAUUGGAGCGUAGGCACAGCCUCUCCAAAUCAACAGGAGGUGAGACUUUGUCACACUCAAUAAGCAAACUGCAAGUGGAUAAUAGCAUAGACCAUUGGAGGAACAGCUGUAGGACAGGUGUGCUUCAAAGGCCAAAGUCUCAAGAAAUAAGGAAUUCCGAGCGUGAAGAAUUAGAAAGCCCAGCAUGCAUGGUCUCACCACAUGCGGCAUAUGCAACCAGCAUCAUACCAAAUGCCACCCUGUCAUCUUCUUCAGAGGUGAUUGUUAUUCACACUACACAGAGUGCUAGAUCAAUGGAUAGUAAAAUCACCAACUCUUCAUAUUCAAAGGCUAGAGACAAUCUUGUCGCCAGCAGCAUAGUUAGCACAAAAUAUCAACAGCAUCUUUCUUCUGGUAGUACCUGGAGUGAAACCAGAUCACAGUCACAGUCCUCGGACAUUACUGUUGCAUCGAAUGCUGUAAUGGGGGUUGCCCUUGGAGAUGCAGGAGUGUGCCUCAGUGGUGAAGGAACUGUAGAGCAUAACCCCCAAAACGUGGCCUACAGCGGUAGGAACAAUCUCAGUUGUUCGAGUCACUCUCAGGAUAGUGACAGCAGGAAUGAAGUGGGUUACUCAGUAGAUAAAACACAGGGCAAAGUUCAGAACAGCUCAGAGUAUGGUGGGUUCAAGCAUGCUGGAAAUGAAGAGUCACCCUUAUCUAAACCUAGUUGUAUCACUCCAGGAAGUUCCACCCCCGUGAGCAACUUGAGUACCGGCAGUCUUGAAAGAGUCUCUGCCAAGGAAGACUCAAGUUCUUUAUACUCUGUGGACCAUGAUGGCUAUUAUACAUCCAUGCAUGUGGACUCAGGCCUCAAGUCUGGUAAAACCUGCAAUAAUAAUGGUUUUGGUGAUCCCAGGCAUAGCAUCAUUAAUGUGUUUGAUGGAGCUGAGAAGAAAUCACUGGGAGACUUGUCAUACUGCAGUGAAAAGUCUCUCUCACGAAGCAUCUCCUUAAAAAAGGCCAAGAAGCCACCUCUGCCGCCAUCCCGAACAGACUCUCUUAGAAGGGUCCCCAAGAAGAGAGUUCAGUCCAAUGGACAAGUGCUGGACGACACACUGAUUGCCAGCCUUCAUCAUUCCCUACAGUUGAACCUCAAGUGCAAAAAUGGCAGCUCGCCGUCUCAGAGUCCUAGCAGUGAUUAUGAUGACCCUUGGGUGCUGCGCUCUCGUAGCCAGAGCUCUGUGAGUGCCAGCAGCAGCGUGGUGUCUGCAGCAGGCCUAAAUAUGUACUCCAUCUGUGCUGUCACACCUUCCCAGAGUGAGACAAGCAGCAUCAAGUCUGAGUAUGCUGAUCAGUGGAGUUACUAUAGUGACUGUCCUGGGAUACCAGAGGAUCAUUUAAAAUCCCCGGGAGUUCAUUCAGCUAAUACUGCUCCCAAGCUGAAUGAUUAUAAUGUCAGCAGUCACCUUAACGACGGCUCCAAGGCUUCUGCACGGCAUGUGCCCAGUGGGUUGACCAAACCGACUGCCGCUUCUCCAGAAAAGCCACACAGAGUUACAUCGCCAUCUAGUGGGUAUUCCAGCCAGUCCAACACACCCACAGCACUUACACCAGUGCCUGUAAUUCUAAAAUCUGUGUCAACGGGGAAUGAAAAAACCAAGAUGAAGCCUAAAGUGCCUGAACGGAAGUCAUCCCUGCUGUCUUCGGUUUCAAUGUCUUCUUCCUCCACAUCUCUUUCUUCCAAUACAUCCACCGAAGGAAAUGUGAGUGUGAAGAAAUCUGAUCCUGGCUUGAGCUUCUCUCUAGUUCAUCCUUCUCCACUAAUGUCUCCAGACUUGGCUGACCAACUUCUUCCUCCCCCACCACCUCCCUUAACAGAUGUCAUGGAUCUGCCUCUUCCACCUGGAUUUGCCAAUUUUCCACCACCCCCACCAGAAGCUGUUACGGGAGCAUCAUUUCCCCACAGCAUGCCAUGGUUGAAUUGUCAAGAUAAAUCACCGAGUCCUUUCACUCCACAAUUAUCACCUGUCCCACCUCCUCCCUUUCCGCCUCCUUUUUCUUCUUCAGAACUGCCUGCAGCACCACCCUUGGACCCCAGACUCACAAAAGAUGCAUAUAAACACCAAACAUAUUCUUUCAGGAAAUGUAAUCAGGAAGGUUCUUGUCCCAGCACAAUAAAACCAGUACUAACUAAGGAAGAUCCCUCUAGGCCUGCAAUGCCUCUAGUAACCACUCAAGCACUGCAAAUGGUACAGCUGAGGUCUGUGAAGAAAGUUACUGUGUCAGAAGCUGACCAGCCAGUUGAAUUGGAUUGCGAUACCAAUACUCAGGAAAAAUUGACUGACGCUCUUGCAGCACAGUUGUCCUUAAAAGCAUGUGUGUCAACAGGACACAAUGACAGCCUGGAUGAAGAUGAGGCAAAGCCCCAUAAAGCAUUUGAGAAAAGCUUUGUUUACAGCCCUAGUCAGAGGCCUUACCCAGUUUACACGGAUAGUAGCCCUGAACUUACCCAUGGUAAAAUGCCCGGAACUGCAGCCAGCCUAGCCAAACCUGUUGCUAGUGAUUCACUGCCAGCCAGUGUUGAAGAAGCACCAGGGCAGAACCAAGGGUCUCACUGUGAUCUUGCAAGCUCAUCCUUUCAGGGGCAGGCAGGAUCUCUCAACAAGCAUCCGGGUAUAUCGCCAAACAAGAAGCCGCCACCUGUUUCGAAGAAACCCAAACUGUUCCUGAUUGUGCCACCCCCACAGCCCGAUGUUGCAGCAGAAAAAAUAGCAGAAGUGGGUGAAACAGUCAGAAGCUCUCCAAAUGCAACUACAAAUGAUGCUACAGUUGCACAGUGCAGUCAGCCUGGAGAUUAUGCUUCAGAUGGACUCCGUUCUUACGAAAUGGACUCUAGCAGCCUUGUGCCAGGAGGAGGAGCUGCAGGGUUGUCUGUGUGUGAAACCCUGAAAACCAGUGUCUCUGCACCGGAGGCCAAGCAGGAGGAGCGAGCUGGUGUUUGUGAUGGGAGCACUUGUGCCAGGAAUGGAGACAGCUUCUCCCAAGCAGACAGGCAGCUGUCUCAGAGGGUUGGAUGUGCUGAAGCAUUUGAAUCAGAUGCAGCAAACAGCUUUUCACUGCAGAGCCCUCAUCAUGGGGAAGACAGUGAAGUGGUGACGUUGCCAACUAGACCGAGGACUACUGAGGAUCUGUUUGCAGCCAUUCACAGAUCCAAAAGGAAAGUCCUUGGCCGCAAAGACUCUGAGGAUGACCGCACCCGAAAUCAUUCUCCAUCACCUCCAGUUACACCCACUGGUGCUUCUCCAACUCUGGCUUCCCUUAAGCAGGCAGGAUCAAUUCAGAGAAAUGUUCGUAAGAGUAGUACCAGCAAUGAUAACUUCAAAGCACUGCUGCUUAAAAAAGGGAGUCGCUCAGACACUAGUUCUCGCAUGUCAGCAGCAGAGAUGCUUAAGAAUACAGACCCAAGGUUUCAGAGAGCCAAGGUAGAUUCACCUUGGGACCUGGCUGACAGUUCCACAAGUUGCUCUCCUACCAAAAGUAGGCGUGCUCAUGAAGAAUGGGCCAAAAGUGAAGGCCUGAUGCCAAGGAGCCUGUCCUUUUCCAGCACCAGGUAUAGUCGAUCUCGAACCCCACCCUCUGCUGCAAGUAGUAAAUACAGUGUUCGAAACAGGAUCCAGAGUAGCCCUAUGACUGUUAUCAGUGAGGGAGAUGCAGAAGCAGUGGAACCUGUGGAGAACAGGACUCACAGGCCUCUAGAAGAGGAACAAGACAGUCAGCUUGAUGUGUUUGACAGUGAUGACACAGACGUUAAUGAAGAGGUGUGUUCCAGUGAGGAUACUGCACUGCACCCAGACCUGAUAACUUAAUGAUGACUCCACAUCCUUUUAAGGAUAUAUGUAUGUUCAUCAGCUUAAAAAUGUUUAAGUGAGGAUUAAGAAGCAAGGCACUGUGCUGUUAAACAUCCAGAAGGUGUUACGUAACAAGUAAGAAGCCAGCCCUAGAAGAAAGUUCUAGUCAGUACAAUGUCUUUGCCAAGCAUUUAAUGCGUGCUCAUGUAUGGAUACCACAGACUGAUACCUUUCCAUGGCUUUCUUGGAUUAGCCAUUUUAGUUUCAAAUAAACUAGUAACAAGACUUCUCCAUUAAAGCCUUAAACAUCCUCUAGAAAGAAAAAAAACCCAGCAGAUAUUCUUAGAUUCUGGGUUGCUUGUGAUAGUUUUCUUUUUCUUUUUUCAGGGCGUAAAAACUAAACUUGCAGAGAGAAUGGGAACUUCUAUGGUACAGGGUGGCAGUAGCUUUUGAAGUGUUAUAUUUAUGAAAUUUAGUAAUCUCUUGAGCAGGGACUGAUGGAAUGAAAUAAGCAGCCUGUUAGAGUUAGCGGGAUUGACAUUACCCUGCAGUUUCUCCUAGUGUGGGGUUCUCUGCUGCUCUGAUCAUCUCAUCAUAUGAUAACAGGUCAUCCAGAGUCUGGAUUAAUUUUUUAAAAAAAUACAACAGGAAAAAGCACUGUUGAAGUACAGAAGUGGCUGCUAUGCAGCCAUAUUACAGCCCGUCUAUUUGAUUUCCCAGAAGCCUCUACCCCCCUGACUCCCAUAUGACUUCGGUUCUUUGAAAGGAAAUUUAGAUGUCCUUGUAGAGGUCUAAAAUACCAAGCCCAGAUUUGUAAUGAGGGUGUGUGUAAAUGCAAGAUCAUGGUGAGACCUAAUAAGUUAACAGCCAUUAACUUUUACAUUUGCAAACAAAUCCAUUGUUUAAGAACUUACACAGAUUGCAGAGUGCCCUGAAUUUUUCAGUUAAGCUCUGUGGAAAUUGCAUCAUUGGAACAGUUCUUUAUCACAACAGGACAAUUUGUGAAUACCAUAUCACUUGGAAUAUCAAAAAUUUUCUUACUUUUGGUUACCAAAGAAUAAGUUACUUUAGUUUAUAGUCAAAAUUUUCCUGGAAAAGAAAUAACCAUAAACAUUUAGGAGAGUUUGCUUAAUUUCCUGAGUAUUUACCAAUGAGUUAAAAAUAACAUUUUCUUAUUUGUAAAGGAUAUUACUGAUAAAAUAUCAGCUACAAUUUUGAUCACAGUUUUUUAAAGAAACAUUUAGUUUUUGAAAAGGAAUUUUGCAUAAGUUGGUAGUCUGUGUGGUUUUUUAUAAUAUUUGUACAUAAUGUUCUUAACUUUUGUCCUGCCAAUGUUGGAAUUUCUGUGUUUUUAGAUGUUAAGAUAAAUCUUCCAGGUAGAUAAUUUAUUUUACUGAAAAACACUUGACUCUUUUUUCCAUCUCUGUACUUGUUAGUACUGUAAAUUUCAGGGGCCUUUACUCAGUUCAAGAAAGGGAUGGGGACAAUGCUGUGACUGCGUCAAUAAAUAAGGCUGCCAUUUGUCA